UCACUCCCUCCCCUUCCCUCUCCCUCAUGUUCCUGUUCCAUCAAAAAGCCUCCGGAAUUUUUUCUUUCCCAAAGAGCAUCUUCCUCCUCCUUUAUUUUUUAUUCUUCCAUUGUUGUCCUUUUUCUUCCUUUUUCCUCUUCCUUCUCUCAACCAAUCAUCCUUUCCAGUAUAAAAACUCUGGAAAAAGAAACUUGCCAGUCGCGCGUAAAAACUUUCUUUUUACUUGGUUGAGGAUCUACUCUUCUCCGGCACAUUUUUUAAUAAAUAAUAGAAAAAAUAUAUAUUUAAUUCUCACAUCAGCCAGUUCCUUAUAA